GAGCGGCCCCGGCGCGGCGCCUCCCGCCGGGCCUCGGCGCAUGUGAGCGGCGGCGGAGCGGCAGCAGGGCGGCGGCGGCGCCGCAUCGGCCAUGCGGUGGCCCCGCGGCCCCCGCGGCGCCUGGCGGCUGCUGCCCCGGCGCUCGCUGCUGGCCGCGCUCUUCCUCUUCUCGCUCUCCUCCUCCUUCCUCUACUUCGUGUAUGUGGCGCCGGGCAUCGUGAACACCUACCUCUUCAUGAUGCAAGCCCAGGGCAUCAUGAUCCGUGAGAACAUGCGAACGAUAGGAGCUCAGGUGUACGAGCAGGUGGUCCGCAGUGCCUAUGCCAAGAGGAACAGCAGCGUCAAUGACUCAGAUUAUCCUCUUGAUCUGAGCCACAAUGACACCUUUCUGCAAGCCACAACGUUUCUUCCUGAAGACUUUACCUACUUCCCCAACAAUACCUGUCCUGAGAGGCUCCCUUCUAUGAAGGGCCCCGUUGAUGUAAAUAUGAGCGAGAUCACCAUGGAGGAGAUCCACCAGUUCUUCUCCAAAGACCCUUCCAUCAAGCUGGGAGGGCACUGGAAGCCGAGUGACUGCCUGCCUCGCUGGAAGGUGGCGAUCCUGAUCCCAUUCCGCAAUCGCUACGAGCACCUCCCCGUCCUCUUCAGACACCUCAUUCCCAUGCUGCAGCGGCAGCGGCUGCAGUUCGCCUUCUACGUCGUGGAGCAGGCUGGGAACCAACCCUUCAACCGUGCCAUGCUCUUCAACGUUGGCUUUCGGGAAGCAAUGAAGGACCUGGCCUGGGACUGCCUCAUCUUCCACGACGUGGACCACAUCCCAGAGAACGACCGUAACUACUACGGCUGUGGACAGAUGCCCAGGCACUUUGCAGCCAAGCUGGAUAAGUACAUGUACCUGCUCCCGUACAACGAGUUCUUCGGGGGCGUGAGCGGCCUGACUGUCGAGCAGUUCCAGAAGAUCAACGGCUUCCCCAACGCCUUCUGGGGCUGGGGUGGUGAGGACGACGACCUCUGGAACAGAGUACAGUAUGCAGGCUACUCAGUGACUCGACCAGAAGGAGACACAGGGAAAUACAAAUCAAUUCCCCACCAUCAUCGGGGAGAAGUGCAGUUCCUAGGAAGGUACGCCUUGCUGAGGAAGUCAAAAGAAAGGCAAGCCCUGGACGGCCUCAAUAACUUGAACUACUUUCCAAACGUCACAUAUGACGCCUUGUAUAAGAACAUCACUGUUAACCUGACACCGGAGCUGGCUCUGGUGACCGAAUAUUAAGAGCAGAAAAUAACUUUGCUCUGCCCUCCACCAAGAAAGCACCACGCUAGACUUUCUUUUCCAAGGGUUAUUGAGGACAAGCAACACUUUGUCUAAUGAAGGAUCACAGUAUUUUGGAGAAUGAGGCUGAAAGUGCACGCACAAAUUGCCCUAGCUGUUCCAAUCCAGACCGAUACCUGGGCAGCGAGCUCAGCAGUCUCUUUAUUUUUUCUGCCACUUGCUUUCUGGGUUUCAGGACAACAGUUCGACCUGCUGCUCUCGUCUCCACAUUCCUCCUCUAGCAAUCUCUGGCACUGGGACUCUCCUGGGAUGUGCUUUCUCCUCCGGGAAGCGGCUCAGCUGAGGGACUCUGGCUUCUUGGCAGUGAACGUCGUGAGCAAUUUGGUUGGCAACUGCCCUGGUGGGAGAUCAGACGAGUUCUGAUGCCAUUCUUCUAUGUCUGUGCGGUUUUUUAAAUGACCUGCUUGAAGUACAUACAACAGAAUCGCUUCUUAAAGAAGUGUAAGUGUAAAUAUGCUCUGUGAAUCGCCCCUUUUAAUUUUUCUGCUGUGGCUCAAGUCCAAGCGAGAGGUUUACAUACGGUCACUCAUUUUAGUCCUGAGUUCUGAAAACACUUGUGUGAGCAUCACUGUACUUGUGCAAGGUGUUCCCUUUUAAGCCAGUGAGACUGCCUGCAUGAUUCCAGCUGGGCAUAUGCAGAAAUGCCUGUGGGCCAGGGCCCAGAACCUUCCAGAGCAGUGGGUGAGAAAUACAGCUGAGUCAUCAUUCGUUCCAGAAACCGCAGGGCUGGCCUGUUCCAGGCAGGGUGAGGAAAUGGGAAUAUUUAUUAAAAACCCUCCCUUUUCCGUCACUUUUGCAGCACGGUGUGCAGGUGAGCCCAGAAGCCCUGUGGAGGACGGUCCCCUGGCCGUGGCUCGGUGUCCCACUGACAGCAGGGCUGAGCCGGGGGGCCGGGAUGGAGCCACUGCUCCCACGCGAGCCCUCCCCCACAGCAGGGCUUGCCCUCGCUCUGGGACGAGCUGGAAGGGUUGGGGAGGUUGGUUUGGUUUGUAUUCACCGUGUAAAUCCAGCGGCACAGAGGUGCUGUUGGAGGCAGGCAGCACUGGCGAGGGCACAGUGAGAGACAUGAAGGACACGUGAAAAUAUGAGGCCUGGCAGCCAGAGCUGGGUCUGACAGCCCAUCCAGCCAUCCAAUGUCAUCCCUCUUUUCUUCACGGCUGCCGUGGGCAGGCUGGACUUCGGGCCCUGUCCCCACGGACACAGCCCAGCCCUGACACAGCACUGACACCGCCACUUUCACUGGACCUCUGACUCAAAAGUAAAUACAGUGGGUGUUGGUUUUAGUUUGUAUUUCCACACAACACGGGCGGGUACUUGACCUCCGAAGGACUUUAACUCUUUUCCUUGCAUUGUUUGCCUUCGGGUCCCUUAACUUCUCAUGGUUUACACUGUUUUCUCAGUUCUGUGGACGUAUGAUCCCCAUACGCAUCCGUGGUGGGUGUGACUGCCCAGGGCAUUCCUAACCUGUAUCCAGAAAACGUUAGUUUAGAAAACACGAGUUUUGUGUAGAUCUUAUCGGCCGGCAUGAGAGGACAGCGAGCCUGCCCUUGAGAGGCGCUGAUGAGUUUGUAACUAAGUUUUAAAGUCUCUGAACUUACAUGUGCUUUAAACUCGCUUCCCGAGGGGAUUCAGCCUGGUUAUUUAUAGGCAGAGGUGAGGAUUUGCUUUUUCUGGCGCAUACAGCAAUAAAGACUUUUGCUUCGGAGUCUCGAUCUGUAAUUCACGUGGACCCCUUCCGGGUGUUGGACCCGCAUUGCCCUGCCCCUCUUCUCUUUCAUCUUGAGACCUUGCUAGAAACCUGUCUUUGUUUAAUGGUGCUUCAAACAAGGAAUGUAUUUCAACUAGUCCAAGUUCACUACCCCGAAAUCAUGCAUGUGUGUGUGAGUAAGUGUUGACUACCUUAGUCGGGAUCCUCAGCCUUCCAUGUCCCUGACAGCCGGCGCUCCUGGUGUGGAACAGAAGCCGUUACCUCUGCUCAGAACUGCACUCUGCGGUGGGCACACAAGGGUCCAUCCCCAGCAGCAUCCCAUCCUUCGUUCUAACCAUGUUGAAUUUUGUUUUUUUUUUCCUUUUUAAAAUGUGGAUUAUCUGAAAAUGUGCACUGUUAAUCUUAUCAGCUAUGUCAAAUACUGUAUAGUAAAUGUAACUGUUAAAAACAUACUGUCAAGCGCAUGUGCUGUUAUGGUGUAAAAAUUCUUGUGUUAAGGAGAACUUGUACAUAUUCUGGCAGCUGAAGUCCGACAAGGCCACUCGUUUGCCCCUUCCACGCCGGCGCCGGCAGUCAGCCCUGCUGGAGGGCAGGUCCUCUGCCACGCUGGUUUGUUUUUUUAAAUGAGCCAUGUGGGUUUUAUUUGCAAAACUAUUUAUUGACAGUUAAUUCUCCAUAAAGCUCUGCUUCUCUAAGGGAGGUACUGUCUGAGCAUCGGCCGCGCACUUCAGGCCCUCACCAUCAGAAGUGGCUUUAAACUCAAGCAGCUUUCCAUCAUCAUGGCUUUUGAGCUUACUGUUAUGUUUUUAAGAGGUGCCAGGGGGACGUUUUUGCACUGAAGAUUAGUGUUUUACAACACACACACACUUCUCAGCAAAGCAAUCCUUUGUGUCAUUACAUUUAUUUACCCAUGUGUUUGUACAUUUUUGUAUUUGUUAAUUUAUGAAUGAUUUUUUCAGUAAAAAAUACAUAUCCAA